ACCGUAUAGAAGCUUUUGAUUUUUUUUUGGAAUCUGGUGACCCCCCUGAAGAAAUAACUAUCAAAGAUGCGAUUGAUUUUACAGCUGCUGCAUGGAAAGAAGUAACCUCAAGAACGAUUCGUAACUGUUGGAGAAAGACUGGCAUUUUGCCAGAGGGUUUUCUUAGUGAAUUAUUUCUGUAUGAAGAACCAGACCAAGCCAAUGAACCUGACCAAUCCAAUGAACCUGACAUUAUUGAUGAGAUUCAGGAUUUGAUUAUGCGAUUGCCCCUCGACCAACCAAUGGAUGCAUACGAAUACGUAAUUGCUGACAAUAACCUUAUCACCACUGAAAUGCCAACUGAUGAAGAAAUCAUUGAAGCCAUCAAGAAUCGUGAUUGUAUUGAGCCAGAUAAAGAAUCACGAAAACCAAUAUCACCUGCAAAAGCCUUAAGAUUUAUCUGUGGGAUCCUAACUUUUCUUGAAGAGCAGCCAGAUGGAAGUUUUAAAGUUGAUGAUUCUCUUAUUCAGAAUUUAGAGAAAUUAAAAAAAGAAGUAAAUUCGAAACUUGUCGCUUCCAAACGUCAAGCAACCUUGGAUACAUUCAUUUGUAAUACGAAUUAG